UAUUUUCCCAAGCAAUUUUAGAAGAAAUACCCAAAGUUGGUACCUAAAUGAAACACAAGUGGGAGCUCCAUCUAAUCUCGUGAGCUGUGAAAGAGCAGCCUCUGAGCAAUAAAGGUCCUCUGGAUGGAAGCCACUGACCUUUAAGGAAAUAAAAAGGAAGCUGCAAUCAUCACCUCAGCCCUCCACAUUCCUACUCCUGUGUUUUCAUUACACGGAAACUACCAGACCGUGACUAGAUACCGGGCAGAGUGGACAAAGGUUCAUGUGUUUGAUCAAACACCCUCCCCACCACAACACCACACAACAGUACAGAAGCAGAGAGAUGAGCAAAACAUCUGAAAAUCUUCUGAUCAUCUAUGACUCUGAGGCAGAGCAGUGGGCAUCAUACCUGCGCUCCCACUUGGCAGGUCCCAUUCCUGAAACCGGCAUCUGUUGUUAUGAUAUUGCCAUGGUUACCAGUCGCAAGGAUGACUUCCUGAGACUGAAAGGGUACAAAUGCAAGCUGCUAAUACUGUCACGGGGCAUGCUGGAUGGGCUAUGCCAGCUCCGGCGAUUCUUCUUGGCUCGAGUUUUGCAACCGGAGGCCUGUGUGGUGAUUCUCCUGUGUGGAGUAGAAAGUCUGGCUCCUCUUCUGGAGAUGGUGCCAAUAAAGGGUGAUGCUUGUCUCCAGAUCUCCAGCGAGCAGGAGCCUCAGGAGUACCGCUCGGCUGUGGUAGAAAUAUCACGCAAAGGUGGACAGGUACCAGCAGUAGAUGGAAAACCAGGCCAACAACUGAAGGUCGAGAAGAAACUAUCUGUUGGUUCUCUUACUGGAAAAUCUUUACUGGUCCUACCCAGUCGUGUGCCAUGUCAGAGUCCAGGGGAAAUUUUCAUUCUUCUGCGAGAAGUCAAGACCAUCGGAGAUGCUGAGGUGGAGUUCAGUGGAAACAAGCAGACGGUGAAAGUAAAGCCUGUGAACUGGAAUGAAAGCACACUGUGUGUGUCUGCCCCUGACUUUGCUGCUGGAGAUGUCAGUGUGACACUGUACUGUCAAGGAGUGGUCAAAGGCAAGGCCAACCUACAAUACUACACCAUGCUUGAAGAUGUUGCUCGCUGUCUCCAGCAGGCUGCAGAUCCUGUGAAAUUCAUGUGCCAGGCCUUGCAGGUUCCUUCUUUGGAGAACCUGGAUCAAUCUCUGGCUACUUAUCUGGUGCAGAAAAUGCCAACGGGAGGUUUUCAUGGCCUGCAGUGUGAUCGGCUUCCCGCUCAGAAUGUUCAAGAGGAUAUCCCUACUCUCUUGCAUUUUUCGGCCCAACAUGGAUUGAGGGAUUUGGCUGGUGCUCUCCUGCAGUGUCCCGGAGCCAUGCAAGCCCUAAAGAUCACCAAUAAAUAUGGAUACACACCACUGGAUCUUGCACACAUAAAUGGUCACAAGCAGCUCUACAUCCUUCUUAAGGAGUCACUGGUAUCUAAAGAUGCCAACAUCGAUACUGAUGUAUAUGAAAUUAUGGACAGAGCUGUGAAUCUUCAAGUCGAUAACGAGGAAGAUGAUGAAAGCGUCUAUACACAUCUUGGUGGAGAUGAUGAAGAGUACAACACCAUUCUUACAUCCAGCGGCUCUCCCGUAAUCGCGAACCGACCCCCCGCACCGACCCCUAGACCCAGUUCUCUUCUCAACACAGGGGAUAACACUCCAUUCAUCGCUCAAGUUUUCCAGAAGAGAAAAUCACAAGGAGAGGAAACACUAUAUUCUCUUCCCUCAAGACAGGCAAAGCCAAGGGACAGCAUCACAUCCACCUAUGACACCUUUGUGCCAAAUCAGGCGCCAGGGCUGGACGAGCUGAUCAAACUUCAAGAGAAAGUGAAGACGGGCACUCUCAGUAUAGAUGAUGCUCUGGAUCAAUUCAAUGACUGGCAGAGACUUCAGAGAGGAAUGGACAGUAUCCAACAGGAGAAGAUCCAGCAGCUGAGGGCGAGUAUCAUUAAUGACACAGAGAAUAUUGAAAGUGUCUAUGAUAAAAUCAGCAUCGUUCAUCACACAUCAACCACUUCUGCAAAUGAGAAUAAAAGAGCAAGUCAGCAAAUGGAGACAGAUUUCUACUGCAAACCUUUAAAAGGCCAGACUUCACACAUCAGGAAAGCAGACAAACGGUGAAAGUAGAAACGAUAAUGUGCUUUAAAGGGACAGUUCACCCAAAAAUGAAAAUUCUGUCAUCAUUUUCUCACCC